AUAAAUAAAUAAAUCCCGAAUUGUGAGCUUUCAAACAGAUUAAGAACCCCCGAUGGAAACAUCCUCUCAACCGGCAUAUGGCUUCCGGUUCAGGGUAGUUAUGUUAGGUCUUCAUAUUUGCCGCCGCAAACAAAUCUUACCAUAUGCCUGAAAAACCUUAUUCUGCAUCAUCUUCAACUGUAAAAUGCAACAUAAAAAACCAUACAAAAUCUCGUUCUCCUUCAUUCUUAACAAAAUAAGAUUACUGUUUUUAUAUACCAAAACCGAAAAAUCAUUCUCUAUCAAUAACCAUGGAUCUAGAUCUCCAAAAUUUGGCUCGCUUUCUCCAAUCCCUUAACACCCCUCAUUCAAUACACCAAGGAAGGCAGCUCCAUAUUCUCUUCUUCAAAAAGGGUCUUAUACAAUCUACUCUUUCACUAGCAAACCGCCUUCUGCAAAUGUACACUAGAUGUGGCAGCAUGACCGAUGCACACAAACUGUUCGACGAAAUGCCUCACAGAAACUGUUUUUCAUGGAAUACCAUGAUAGAGGGCUACAUGAAGUCCGGGGAUAAAGAAAGAUCAAUUCAGUUGUUUGAUAUGAUGUCAAAUAAGAAUGAUUAUUCAUGGAACGUGGUCUUUUCAGGGUUUGCAAAAGCUGGUGAAAUGGAAAUUGCUCGGAGGUUAUUCCACGAGAUGCCUAACAGAAAUGGGGUUGUAUGGAAUUCGAUGAUCCACAGUUAUGCUCGAAAGGGGUCACCAAGAGAAGCUGUUAGGCUAUUCAAGGAAUUGAAUUUGGACCCUUUGGAUAAAUCAUGUUGUGAUACGUUUGUGUUGGCUACAGUUAUUGGGGCCUGCACUGAUUUGGGUGAAAUUCAAUGUGGCAAGCAAAUACAUGCCCGGAUUUUGAUUGAUAAUAUGGAACUUGAUUCGGUGUUAACUAGCUCGUUAAUUAAUUUGUAUGGAAAGUGUGGUGAUUUGGAUAGUGCACAUUGUGUUUUGAAUAUGAUGGAGGAGCCAGAUGACUUUUCCUUAUCAGCAUUGAUCACAGGUUAUGCGAAUCAUGGUAGAAUGAAUGAUGCUCGAAGAGCAUUUUAUAGGAAAAGUAAUUUGUGUGUUGUGGUAUGGAAUUCAUUGAUUUCAGGAUAUGUUACCAAUAAUGAGGAAAUUGAAGCAUUUUUACUCUUCAAUGACAUGCAGAAAAAGGGACUCAAAAUAGACUUCUCUACACUUGCAACCAUUUUGAGUGCCUGCAGCAGCUUAUGCAAUUCUCAACAUGGAAAACAAAUGCAUGCUUAUGCUUGUAAAGUUGGAUUACUUUGUGACAAUGUUGUUGCUUGUGCUUUCAUUGAUGCAUACUCCAAGUGUGGAAGCCUGAAUGAUGCUUGUAAAUUAUUUAGUGAGCUCAAAACCUAUGACACAAUUUUGCUCAACUCCAUGAUCACGGUGUAUAGCAAUUCUGGUAAAAUCGAAGAUGCUAAACAGAUCUUCAAUACAAUGCCUAGUAAAAGCUUGAUAUCCUGGAAUUCAAUGAUAGUGGGUCUUAGUCAAAAUGGCUGUCCAGUUGAGGCAUUGGAUCUUUUUUGCACGAUGAAUAAACUGGAUUUGAGGAUGAACAGGUUUAACCUUGCUAGUGUGAUCAGUGCUUGUGCUAGUAUCUCUUCACUUGAACUUGGUGAACAGAUUUUUGCUAGAGCAACUGUUGUUGGCCUUGAUUCUGAUGAGAUCAUCUCUACUUCCCUAGUUGAUUUUUAUUGCAAGUGUGGAUUUAUUGAAUUAGGUAGAAAACUAUUUGACACAAUGAUGAAAUCUGAUGAGAUUUCAUGGAAUUCAAUGCUGAUGGGGUAUGCUACAAAUGGUCAUGGAUUGGAAGUGCUAACAUUAUUUAAUGAAAUGAGGCAUGCUGGUGUCAGGCCAACUGAAAUUACAUUUACAGGGGUUCUAUCUGCCUGUGAUCAUUGUGGAUUGGUUGAAGAGGGAUGGAGAUGGUUUAAUGUAAUGCAAUAUGACUAUCAUAUUGAUCCAGGGAUUGAGCACUAUUCUUGCAUGGUCGAUCUUUUUGCUCGUGCUGGUUGCUUGGAAGAAGCAAUGAAUUUAAUAAAACGUAUGCCUUUUGAGGCAGAUGCUAGCAUGUGGUCAUCAGUUCUGAGAGGUUGUAUGGCUCAUGGAGAAAAGGAUCUUGGAGAAAGGGUGGCACAGCAUAUCAUUGAGCUCGAUCCUGAGAACUCUGGUGCUUAUGUGCAGCUAUCUAGCAUAUUUGCCACUUCUGGAGACUGGGAAGGCUCAGCACUGGUUAGAAAGGUAAUGCAGGAGAGGCAAGUACAAAAAUAUCCCGGUUACAGUUGGGCUAAUUGUUGAAUACAUUAUUCAGAUGGUGGUACAUCAUAGGACUUUCAUCAUCAUGAGGGAAAUUUUGUCCUUGUGGAGAUGGCAUGGUUUCACAAUUACUACACAUCAAGAUUCUUCAUUUGUAUUGACAGGAGAAUUGUUCAUAAAUCAGGUUUAUCUAUUGAUGCUACAGUCUCUAAGUUUAUUCAGAGUGGCGAAUGGAUUUGUCCUAGUGCAAGGACUGCUGAAAUUGUUGAAGUGCAGAGUGCUACUUGUGUAUUGUUCUCCCUAAAGCUGAACAGGAAGGUGAAGUUACUUGGAGGCCCUCUGCUAAAGGCAUUUUCUCAUCAAGAAGUGCUUGGUAUCGUGUCAGGCUGAAAGAAGCAAGAGUUGAUUGGCAUAAGCUCAUACAAGGGCAUGUGCCAAGAUUUAGUUUCAUAACUUAGCUUGCAGUUCCUAAAAAACAGCCUACCUAGUGUAAGCAAGUUAGGAUGGGGAGAGCUGUGAACACAGAUUGUCUCCUGUGUUUUGGUAUCGCUUUUGAUGACUGAGAUCAAUCUUUUUUGCUUGCGCCUUCUCUUAGACAAUUUGGAAGUCUAUUCUGCAGUUAUGCUGCAUCAAUCAGAAUGCUCAUGACUGGAGUAGUGAGUUUCAAUGGGCUAGAGCAAAUGUGCAGAAAAAGGAGCUUUUUAGCAAUUUUGUUAAGACUGGCUUUUUGCUCCACAAUGUACGGUGUUUGGAAGGAAAGGACCGGUAAGCUUCAUAAUGGUCCUCAUAACUCUUGAGGAUGACAUCAUGUGGAUUGUACAUAUUGUCAAAAGCAGUUGAAUUGGGCAACUCUCGUAGGAGACUCUUCGUUUUUGAUAUGUUUGGUCUACAAGGAGAAUUUUCAUUUUGGUUUUUUAUCCUGCAUUGGGCUCUGCCUUUUAGUUUUUCUUCGAUCAAUGGAGCUUUCGUUAUAAAAAAAGGACAGCAUAAAAAAGAUUCUUCAUCUUUGAGGGAGGGUGACUUUCAUGAAGCCGCACAAUGGAUUCCUCACCGACAAGCGCCAUUCUGAAAGGGAGCUUUUGAUAAGCCGAUUCCAAUGACACCAACAAAGAUUAUUAAAGAAGCUUGAAGGAAGCCAGCCACCCCAAUGUCAUAGGCUUCCUCACUUGCUAGCGCGUUGAUCGCACAAACCAAACAUUUUUUUAUGUGUUCCCUCAGCAUACCUUUUUU